GAAAGCGACGAAGAGCUGGUGGAGGGAGUCGAGAGGAGGUCGUUACUCUUGAACGGUCGUCACCAAAGGGGCACCAAGUGCUUGCUGCUCCUCCAGAAGUGUGUCUGCUGUCGGUGCUCUAAGCGAUGGCAGUUAGCCUGGUUGGCCAGCGUCGGCUUCUUGAUCGUUUUCGGAAUUCGCUGCAACUUCGGGGCUGCCAAGGUGCGCAUGACGCAGAACUACACGGACUCGCACGGAGAACAUACAGCCCCAUUCCGCUGGUCAGCUGCUCAGCUUGGCCUCAUCGAAAGUUCGUUCUUUUACGGAUAUCUUGUCACUCAGCUACCAGGCGGAUUUAUCGCUAACCGGUUCCCGGCGACCAGGUUAUUUGGUUUCGCCGUAGGAAUAACAUCUCUUCUCAAUUUGCUGAUGCCAGUCGCAUGCGAAUCUGCAAUCGGUUUGGUCGUCUUGAUUCAAAUUCUACAGGGUCUGACACAGGGAGUUGCUUAUCCAGCGGUUCAUGGAAUCUGGCGAUUUUGGGCUCCGCCAAUGGAAAGGACGAAAUUGGCAACGACAACUUUCACAGGAUCUUACGCAGGAGCCGUUGUUGGACUACCUUUAUCUGCUUUGUUGACUUCUUACUGUGGCUGGUCGAUGCCGUUCUACGUAUACGGAAUCUGCGGUGGCAUAUGGUUCAUCUUUUGGUAUGUUCUUAUUUUCGAGACGCCGGCAAAGCACCCUACGAUUACCAUGCAAGAAAGGGCACACAUCGAAAAUGCAAUUGGACGCACUUCCUCAAAGCCGGUCAAGUUUUCAAACGUGCCAUGGAAGGAAAUUUUCAAGUCGAAAUGCGUCUGGGCAAUUCUUGUGGCCAACUUCUGCCGGAGUUGGACGUUUUACUUGCUACUCAUUAGCCAGUUGUCGUACAUGAAGGAAGUUCUGUCCAUGGAAAUUGAACAUGUAAGGCAUUUGGUGGAGAGUGGCCUGUUAGCCUCAUUGCCUCACAUUGCGAUGUCCAUCGUCGUACUGGCUGGUGGUCAGCUCGCCGAUAGUUUGCGCUCGCACAAGCUUCUCUCAACGACGGCCGUCCGGAAGCUGUUCAACUGCGGUGGCUUUGGAAUGGAAGCCGUGUUCUUGAUUUGCUGUGCUUAUGUGAGGAACCCCGUCGCCGCCGUCACCUGCCUGAUUCUUGCUGUGGGCUUCAGCGGAUUCGCCAUUUCCGGCUUCAACGUCAACCACCUGGACAUCGCGCCGCGUUACGCCAGCAUCUUGAUGGGCAUGUCCAAUGGAAUAGGCACUUUCGCAGGAAUGAUUUGCCCGAUGAUUACCGAACGACUGACCACCACAUACUACAACUAUGGAUGGACUACAGUACUGUUGCUUGCUGGGCUGAUUCACCUAACCGGCAUAACGUUCUACGCAAUAUUCGCAUCUGGCGAACAACAACCAUGGGCUGAACCUUCUGGCGAAGAAGAUGAAACAUGGGACCGUUCCAAGAUGGAACAAAACGGCGAUCUGGCGUUGAGUUCCUAUGGCACUAUCGAACCGGUGCAUAUCGCUGCCCUACCGACAGCGGAACAGCUGCGAAGCAGAGCGUUGCAAAGAUCCGAAGGAGACCCCCGAGGAAUCGGAACCUCGAUCGACGAGUCUCAACCUCAUGACAUCGACCACUGGCUGCUGGCUUCCUCCGACAUGCAACAUGACGACUUUUAUGAGUAUUAUUGA